GCUUUCUCUGCCAGUCUAGCAGUACCAAAAAUCCUCAUUCGAGAGCUCUAUAUGAUGUUAAAGUGGUCCAUAUUGGCUCUGUCCGAAAUUGGCGUCCCAUUGUUCUUAUAUAGAGUAUAACGGCUCUUAUAAAGAGAAACGUCGACUGGCCACCAGCAAUCUGUGACGAGGAACACCAUUUCGAGCAUCUCUUCUUAACUUCUUGCCUAACACCUCACUGUCGCCAUGCCGAAGGACAAGAAGAAACGCGCACGCAACGUUGGCACCGCCUCGGCGUCGCAGAAUGCGUUGGGCCGCACGCUGGCCACACCUAACACGAACUUGGGCCAGCAUUUCCUCAAGAACCCGAUGAUCGUGACGCAGAUUGUGGCCAAGGCGGCCAUUCGCGGCACGGACGUGUGUCUCGAAGUCGGUCCCGGUACCGGUAACCUGACAGUGAAGCUGCUGGAACAAGCCAAGCGUGUAGUCGCCGUUGAGUUCGACCCGCGCAUGGUAGCGGAGCUGCAGAAGCGUAUUCAGCACACGGAGCACAUCAACCACCUUCAGAUCAUCCAUGGCGAUGUCAUGCGUGUGCAGUUGCCGUUCUUCGACGUCUGCGUGGCCAAUUUGCCGUACCAGAUCUCGUCACCUUUCGUGUUCAAGCUGCUGGCUCACCGUCCGAUGUUCCGCUGCGCUGUCGUCAUGUUCCAGGAGGAGUUCGCCAAGCGACUCAGCGCCAAACCUGGAGAUGAGCUGUACUGCCGUUUGUCCGUGAACACGCAGUUGCUGGCCAAGGUGGACCAGCUGCUUAAGGUCGGACGCAACAACUUCCGUCCUCCUCCCAAGGUUGAGUCGCGUGUGGUGCGCAUCGAGCCGCGCAACCCGCCGCCUCCUGUGAAUUUUACGGAAUGGGAUGGUAUGAUCAAGAUCAUCUUUAACCGCAAGAACAAGACGCUGCACUCUUGCUUCGUCACGAAGUCCGUUCUCAAGAUCUUGGAGGAGAACUACAAGACGUACUGCUCACUGAACAACGAGCUCCCGGAAGGCGACAUUGACAUGAAGAAGAAGGUGGAAGAAGUGCUGGCCUUUGAGGGCUUUGGCGAAAAACGCGGAGCCAAGAUGGACCAGGAUGACUUCUUAUUGCUGCUGGAGCGAUUCAACGCUAACAAAAUUCACUUUUCGUAGAUUUGUUGUUAUCCUCGCUCUUCAACACAAGCUGCUAAAAGCGCAGAUUGCCUGGUUUGGCUGUCUAAUGCAGUGCUCCCUCGCUUAUAUCGGUUUAUAGAUUUUACUGUUUGCUUGCUCCGUUUUAAUGUUCAUCCCACUCAUGAAUAGCCGUUGAUCUACAUGGAUUGAUGGCAUUUUUGGACACUGCA